CCCUGGCCCUGCUCUCAGCGGUCUCUUUAGUUUGGUUCAUGAAUCCAGGGCAUGGCUUUGCUUGGGAGCUGGCGAUCUUAGUGUUAGUUGUGGUUACAUGGUUUGUGUCUUGAGGGGUCUGGAAGGUGUGUCUCAGAGACCUGCCAGUUGUUCGGAUGUUGCGGCGGGUUGCCUGCUGGAUGCAGCCGAGCCCGGCCUGUGGCUGCCGGGCUCCUGUCCUACCCAGUCGGUUUCUGGGCACCUCCCCUCGGCAGAUUCCAAUGGAUGCCAACUUCCACUCCACUUCGUUCUUGGAAGCAGACCAGCAGCGUGUCUUAAUUACAGGGGGUCUUGGCCAGCUUGGAGUGGGGCUUGCUAACUUUCUGAGGAAACGAUUCGGGAAGGACAAUGUGAUUCUGUCUGACAUUCGGAAGCCCCCGGAACACGUCUUCCUUAGUGGCCCGUUUAUUUAUUCUGACAUCCUGGAUUACAAGAAUCUUCGGGAGAUUGUGGUGAACAACCGCAUCACCUGGCUGUUUCAUUACAGCGCCCUGCUCAGCGCAGUGGGAGAAGCAAACGUGUCCCUGGCCAGAGCCGUGAACAUCACAGGACUGCACAAUGUCCUGGACGUUGCCGCAGAGCACGGUCUGCGGUUGUUUGUGCCAAGCACCAUCGGGGCGUUCGGACCUACUUCUCCACGGAACCCAACCCCUGACCUCUGCAUCCAGAGACCCAGGACCAUCUAUGGGGUGUCCAAGGUCCAUGCUGAGCUUAUGGGCGAGUAUUAUUAUUACCGGUAUGGAUUAGAUUUCCGAUGCCUGAGAUAUCCUGGAAUCAUUUCUGCUGACUCCCAGCCUGGAGGAGGAACAACUGACUAUGCAGUCCAGAUUUUCCAUGAAGCUGUCAAGAAUGGCAGAUUUGAGUGCAACCUGAAACCCGACACCAGGCUCCCAAUGAUGUACAUUGACGACUGCCUCCGGGCCACCCUGGAGGUCAUGGAGGCCCCAGCAGAGUCCCUGUCCAUGAGAACCUACAACAUCAACGCCAUGAGCUUCACCCCCGCGGAGCUGGCCCAGGAGGUGCUCAAGCAUGUGCCAGAAUUCCAGGUCACCUACAAUGUGGACCCUGUCCGACAGGCCAUAGCGGAUAGUUGGCCAAUGAACUUUGAUGAUAGCAAUGCUCGGAAGGACUGGGGAUGGAAGCACGAUAUUGACCUCCCAGAGCUGGUGACGACAAUGUUGAACUUCCACGGUUCUGAGAACAGAGUUGCCCAGGCUAACUGAAGGAGCUCGUGAGUCCUGGGUGGCUGUCCAGGGAAAGCAUAACAACCCUGUGGUUCCGGACCCCAAGGAAUCUAGAUGAUGUGGGGCUAAAGGACUAGUUGGAUUGAAUUUUCGCAGCUCAUAUUGAACUGCCACAUGGAGAACUGACUUGGCUUUAAGCAUCUUCUCAGUGCUGUAGGUUUGGUGGUAGCCCUUCUGAAUCUUUACUGUUUGCCUAAACUUGUCCAAAUCACAGAAUGAAGACUUAAGUCACAAUCAUUUCUAUUUCCUUAAUUAAGAUGAAGCGACCACUUCCAGGAAGAUAUGUGACAUUUGUAUUAAAUUAAACUUAAUUUAAAUAU